GACGACUUCUGGUAGGCCUUCACCCGCCGUCUUGGGUCGAACUAGAGAAGAAAAAACAUAAAAUUCUUGUAUUUUUAAGUAGAUACCAGUACACAGGUGUGCUAAAAAAAGUAUACCACACCUGUCUGGUGGAAUUUGUGAGGCCCAGGACGGGAGACGGAAACUUUUAUAUCACCGAUGGAUCCAUCGGUGGUGGAGAGUCUUCAGGCUCUGGAGCGGACGGCGGCUUGGGUGAACCAAGUGGCCCAGAUGCGACAAAUGACUAACUUCCAGGAUAUGAAAGAGGACUCCACAGGGGACAGUAAUCCGGACAGAGAUGCCUGCAGUGACAAGGAUUAUGAUGAUAUUCCGGACAGUUACGAGGGCUUCCAGACAAUGGAACCAUUUGGAUCAAGCGAUUCUAGUCGUCAAGCUGAUGCUGGCUCGUCUAGUACAAUGGAUUUUGUGGACAUUCCUGCCACAGUCCAGGAAUUCAAGGCAUCCCUGGAGAGUUCCGGAAUCUCCCAGAGGUUUGCAGCCAAGUUCAUCAUGGAGUCCACCAGUCAGGGAAACCUGAGCUUCCUCCUAGAGAAGGGCAAAUCUAAACACUGGUCAGAACUUAGUGGGAGGGGGCGUCUACCUUAUAUACGCAUGAGGAGGUGGUUAGACAGCCCAGAGGAACAGAGGAUUACUCUGAAUCAACUUAGCAUGACUAAAGAGUUCAAGAAAACAGGUCCAAAGGAUGGGAGUGGAAGAAGAGGGAAAUUUACCCUGUUCCAACUGAUGGUGCUCUGUCGAUUCUUCGAGGAGGAUCAAAACCCUUCCCUCAACACACGAAUGCUUCUGGCUGAGAAACUCCUCGUGUCCUUAGAACGCAUCACAAUAUGGUUUCAAAACCAACGAGCUCGCGGAUUUCCCGCUAAGCGUGUGCUUUGUCUGAUGAGUGUCGAUCGACAGAAUGCCGAGAGUGAGAAAGCCGAAUUUGGACGGAAAUAUAAGAACAUUCAAGACGACAUCCAGAAGCGGACCCAGGCCUUAACUGGUGCUCUACAAACAAUGGGUGGACAAAGUCCUGAUAUUCCAAACUCUGUGAAUAGAAUCAAUGAUGCAUUAAACACAAGUUCAGUAAAUGGAAUGACAGAACAUCCACAAAGUAUUCCUGGACCUGUAAGCAACAAGGAUUUAUUAGGUCCUGGGUCUAUACGAUCCCUGCCAGCCUCUUUACCUAUGAAUCAGAGAUUCAAACCCUAUGACAUGCCUCCAGGGUGGAGAGGUGGUGAAAGAUACAGUAAUUUCACAAAUUAUCUGCUGCAUCAGUCCUCUAGUUCAGUAAAUAGCAAUGUACACAUUGCUGAUCCAUAUCAGCAGAGUCCAUCAAAUGCCAGCAUAAAGAAGGAGAUUGGAGAGAUGGGAAACUCUAUGUCCUCAGGAACAUGUUCCUCGGAGAAAGAAAUGAUCAAUUCAGACCCCAGGCCAACAUUUCUUGUGCAGAAUAUGGUCAAUUCUACUGUUUUCAGUAGGCCAAGUACACAGGGUGCAUAUCCUUUACAGAAAAAUGGAGUAAAUAACACAGUUGAGAAAAAAGAUACACAGAUUCCAUCUUCAGCUGUUCAGAAAAUGUCUGAAAUGGUGGAAACGGCUUCUGACUAUAGUAAACACAGAGGUGGAAAUUCCAAUUUCUUGAAUUGCCAGAAUAAGUCUGAUGAACUAGAAUCUUUGAAGUGGAGUGUUAAAGUGGAGCCAGGAUCCGAGGUGACAGAUGACAGCCUGGCCAUGUCCUCCAAAUACAAGGCCUCCACACUGCAACAAGGUGGCACUAACCUCAUUCUAGGAGGAAGUGAUGUCACUGAUCAUGUGAUGGACUUGGUAUAUGUCAAGACUGAAAAUGUCGAGAAUGGUGAUGUGAGGGACAUGGGCAGUACCCCAGUCAAGACCAAUCAGCUGGGGUGCCCAGGGGGAAAUGUAAUCUGUGGAUUGACACAAUAAAACAUGUUAUGUGUAAGCCCAGCUGAUGCUUAAUGGUGUUUGACCUGCUAUAGUAAUUUAAAAGGAAGUUGAGAACUGGGAAAAUUAUAGUGAAAAGAGAGAGUGAUUUUGUGUUGUUUUGAUAGACGUUCAAAUUAUUUAUGAAAAAGCAUAGAUUUUAGAGACCAUUAAGUUUUUGAAAGUCUUUUUUUUUAAAUGUACAUACAUGUAUGUACAUGAUAUGUUUAUGGAUGUUAUUUUUUAGCAGAUAAACUAGCAUAUGAAGUUCUGUCACUGUUUGAUACAUAUUUCUGAAAAACCAUUUCAUGCUAUCUGCAUCGUAAAAUGUUUCCAUAGAAAAUAAAAUAAAAGAAUUAAAACAUGAAUAAAAUUAUCCAGAAAUAUGAAUUUUUCCCACUUUGCUACAUGAUGAUAAUUUUGGAUACAUUUUUAGAAUAAAUUGACACAUGUACAUGCAACAUUAUUGGGGAUGAAAUUUAUGUGCAUAUAUUACUGGAACUGAAAAUACAAAUACUUUUUGAACCAUCUAUCAUCCUUUUUUAAUUUAAAUGUUUUUGCAGUCAUUUAUAUCCAUUUUUCGUAUAUACUAUCUACUACAAAUCUGAAUGUUGUUGACAAUUAAGAUUGAACGUCAGGGUCUAGGUGGAAAAGAUGAAAUGAAAUGCAGGUUCUUUAACAUGUGAAAAAAUUGUGCACAGCUGUUUGUAUUUUUACAAUGUGAUUAAUAUAAUUUUCCAUGUAUCUGGGUUUUUUUUUUUUUGUUUUGUUAUGUUUUGUACAGUAUAAGGCAUAAUUACUAAUUUGUUGUGUGUAAUUGUGCUGAAAUAAUAUGUAUUUAUUUUGAAUUAUAAAUAUGUAUAUAUAAUGGUUGUGUAACUUAUUGUGAGUGUCAAUUUCACAGGUCUUCAUUCAAGUUUGACUUAUCUUUGAGCUUACAAAGAUUAUUGGGGAAUAAGUGUAUAAAAAUGCUUAUAUAAAUUGAUUUUUAAUUUUUUACAGUCUUGUAUGCAAUCUUUUUUUUCCUCCAUAUACCAUGGUAGUUUAAAAUUAUGUGAAACAACUUUUCUGUGAAAAAAAAAAUAAUAUGCAGAAAUCAUUCAUUUGGUUAAAAAUAAUGUAAAAUACACUAGUAGUUUGUGUGCUAAGAUUUUUUUCUCAGCUUAUUUGCCAAUCUUCUUUAUAUAACAUGUACACACUAGUCAAAAUUCCCAACUUACAAUAACACUUUUUGGAGGGGUUUUCCCACUUUGUUUUAUUAAAUAUACUUUAACUUUCACCACACAGGCUGUUUCAGAUUUGUGGGCAUUAAAACAGUCAUUUAAUUAAAUGUUGUCCAUGCACAUGAGCUAAAACUAAAUA